AUGAAUUCUCUUCGAACCCCGACGCUGCUAAAGGGUCCUGCGAAUGUUCGCACCAUUCUUGCCGCGCGGCUCUAUGCAACUCAAGUAGGCCUUGGAACAUCCAAUGCUGCCCCAAAACCCAGGAGAAAAGCCAUAACACCCUUCAACGACGACGGUAGGGUAGCAUGGGGUGAUCUUUCUGCCGGAGAGAAGGCUGCAAGAACAACACAGCAGACAUUCAACUUUGGGUUCAUUUUGCUGGGUGCAGUCUUGACCGGAAGCGUAGGAUAUAUUUUAUACACCGAAGUUUUCUCACUCGAUAGCAAGACACAUCAUUUUAAUAAAGCCGUCGACCAAGUAAAGAAGGAUCCAAGAUGCACAAAGCUGCUGGGAGACAGCAAGAAGAUCACAGCUUACGGAGAACCAACCUGGAACAAAUGGGCAAGAGCGAGACCUAUCGCCUCAACGCUAAAGACGGAUCAUUAUGGAAGAGAGCACCUUAUCAUGCAUUUCAAUGUUGAAGGGCCCUUGAACAAGGGUGUAGUCAACUUGCACAUGGUGAAGUCCACGCCAGAUAGCGAACUCGGAAGCCAAUUUGUUUACAAAUACCUCGCAUUGGAUGUCAAAGGCCACCAAAGGAUAUACCUCGAGAACGCUGAUGCUUCACUGGAAAGUCCUGCAAAAAGCAAGACCAAAAUAUUUGGUGUGUCCUGGCGAUAA